CAGCUCGCGUUCACCUCAACACUCAGAAUGGAAGAUAACGGAGGUUUAGGCGGCACUUACGACAAACUGGUUUGUCAGGAGGACUUUGACGACAUAGAUGAAUAUUCUCUGCACUCAAAUCAGGAAAAUCAACAAGCGUCCGUGUCCAUUUUGAGACUCGGAUCCAGAAUCCAGAGUAGAUCUGUAGCAGUGAGCUUGACAGUGCUGGCCUUACUCCUGCUAUCAACCGACAUUGGCCUUGGAGUCUAUUACAGACAACUUAGAGAUGGGCACCGCACGAUAAGCGACAUCACCAGUGAGCUGGCCAAUCUGCAGGGAGUUUACAGCGCUGCCAUUCAAAGCAGGGAUGAAGUCAGGAGGCAGCUGUCAAAGGAGCUGAACGAGCAGAAGGUCACCAAGUGGGAGCUGGAACACCAGCAGUCACGAGGCAAAGAAUACGAGAAGCAGGCCGACAAACUCAAAGUGGACAUCGCUAUGUUGUCGUCCCACGUACCGUUAAUUACGGAGGGCUGCAGACACUGUUUACCUGGAUGGACGUUCGCCAACUCACAGUGUUACUACUUGGCGUUCUCUGAUGCUCUUCCACGUAGAUCCUGGCAGGACGCUCGAACCUUCUGCAAGAAGCAAGGAGGCGACUUGGUGGUGACAGAUACCAGGGAAAAACACCUGGCAGUACAUGACCUCAUCAACACGUAUCACAUCCCUAUAAGACACACACAUCUCACUGGCUUUUGGAUUGGACUGAGAGAUGUGGAGGAGGAAGGGACGUGGAGGUGGCUGGACGGAUCCCUGCUGACUGAGGGGUACUGGAACUUUGGGGAACCCAACAACCAGGGUGAGGAGGACUGUGCAGCUACGUAUCCCAAAGAGAACCCGUUUAGGACCUGGAACGACGCUCCGUGUGGGUAUUCGCUGAAAUGGAUUUGUGAAAUGGAACCAAGAUCUUGAAGUUAAUGUUUUGUUUUUAAUUUUCAAUGAAGUAUCUGUUUAUUAUCACAAACAUUUAACAUUAUUUAAGACUAAAAAAAUAUCUAGAAAAGUAAACACAAUGUAUUAAAAUCUUAGCAAUAGUUUACUGUAAUAAAUACAUCUUUAACUUUCCCAUUUCCAUAGU